CGUCUUGCACUAACCAAACAGUCAAAAGGCAGAUAAUAUUUCAAGGAAGAUGAGCUUAUUCUUCCAACCCAAAUCUCAUUUCCUCAAUGGCGUCUCUGUCCCUAAUUUUCAUCUUCUUGAUCUUCUUCUCAACCCCAUUUGUCUUCGCCGAUGACAACACCACCACCACCACCAAAACUGCAUACGAGAUUCUUGAAGAAUACGACUUCCCCAUUGGUCUCCUCCCCACAGGUGUAACAGGCUAUGAAUUUGAUAAUUCCACCGGUAAGUUCUCUGUCUACUUGAACGGUACUUGUACUUUCUCCAUUGAUUCAUACGAGCUCAAGUACAAGUCCACCAUUACUGGUGUUUUAACCACAGACAAACUGUCAAGUUUAAGUGGUAUCAAAGUCAAGGUAGUCCUAUUUUGGCUUAGCAUUACUAAAGUGACCCGUGACGAUGAUGAGCUCGAGUUCUCUGUGGGGAUCGCUUCAGCUGAUUUUCCCGUUAGUAAUUUUGAUGAGUGUCCAACUUGUGGGUGUGGCUUUGAUUGUGUCAAUAUGAGUGGAAAGAAGCGCAAGUUCAGUCCUUUACUUUCGUCUUAUUGAGUAAGUUUUCCUUGAGACUGCUUCGUAGUAAAAACCACGGUGAUGGUGCUCCAUGUAUUAUUAGAUUAUAUCGUGCAUUUAUCUGUAAUAUUAACGGUUUGUUUCUAGCAUUUGGCUGGAGUCUAGAUAUCUUGACUUUGUGUUUAUUAUCGUCAUCAUGAUUGAUUAAUGAAUUGAGAUCUCAUAGUCAUGCCACAUGGUGAAUUUCAUUC